CGUUUCUCUCUGACCCGUGCUGACCCUCUCGGGCUUCCGUAGAGACAGUGUGAGAGGGGAACGGCAACAUGGCGGCCAAGGUGGUGAAGUUGGCCGUGGUACCAGCUGCUUUGGGUUUGGCCUCGUUCCGAGUUUAUGCCACGCCUGAGGAAAAGACGGACAAACAGAUUUCACCACACGAGUUGUCGAUCUACAGCACAGAGCCAACAGCACUACGGUAUGUGGAGGAGAAACCAGGACGCCUGCAGACAAGCUUCGGGCUGAUGAGAGGAAAGCUUCAGUCUUGCGUCAGAGCUGUCGAGAAUACUUGCACCUCAGUCAAAGUCGGCGUUACGUCUUUAUACCAAACUGGACAAGACACGUAUAAUUUCCUAAGGGACCCACCUCCUGGCUUCCUGCCCAGAGUUGGGAUAAUCACUGUGUCUGGAUUGGCUGGCCUCAUCCUGGCACGCAAAGGCUCUCGGCUAAAGCGAAUCGGUGUUUCUCUGACGCUGGUAACUGUUGGCGCUGCUGUGUGCUACCCCAUGCAUACUGUCAGACUUGUAAAGGUGACCGGUCAGAAAGUGUCUGCUGCCGGUUCUUUGGUUGCCUCUUUGUUUAAAUCCAAACCCAAAGAGGAAGGCAUCGUUCCUGACACAAGUCUGAAGCAUGCAUCAGAAGAGCUUGUCCCUCACGCUGAUGACGAACCACAAGAAAAGGUGUCCUCCUUGCCCGAGGCUGCCUCAGUUAUACAAGAAUUUGCCCCUGAAAUGACUCCACCUGAGGCUGCAUCUGCAGAACCUUCUCCAGCUGGAGACAUCACUUCCACCUCAUCAGUUGUUGAAAAUUUGCUUGAAUCUGCUGCUCACCUGGUUGCUGAGGAAACCACAUCACUGAAAGAGAUCACAACCGGUCCUCCCGUCAAAGAGAAGCCACAGUUCCUUCCUGACCCAGCUUUAUCAGAUCACGGACAGGCUCAUCCUGAAGACGCCGACUUGUACAGCACACGGGCAUAAAACAGAAAACCCAACCAACCAGAGAAUGAGAACGGAUAGUAAAGAGGAACAAUUUGGAGUUCUGGUUUAAGACGUACCAGAAAGAUUUUCAAUAUCCAGAGCUGUCCUCAGGUUACAUUUAUUUAAAAAAAAAAACAAGCAAAUGAGAACAUGUUUGAAGAUUGAACACCUUUUUGAUGUGAAGCUUUAUAAAGCAUACCACUCAA